CGCGACUGGGUUGCGGGGUACAGACCGGACGGCCUCCGGAGGACCGAGAGCUUCCGGUAGUUUGCUCUUGAAGGACAACAAGAAACUGUGACUUCAAUGGCUUCGUUGGUGGCUUAUGAGGACUCAGACUCAGAGGCUGAGACUGAGCCUGUGGGAAGUUUUAAUCCAGCUGGCCAGAUGAAAGAUACUUCUGAUGCGGUCAGACCUCCUGGGCAGGACUUUGCAUCGGAAGUCCUGGACGUGAUGGACAGGGGAGCACUGCCCACAAAGUAUGGUUCUUGUGAAGACCCAGCCGGCCAUCGUCUCCCACUCGCUCGGCUCUGGAGCAGUGACCCAGGAUCUUGCCCCAACCAGAGGCUGCAGUGGCCCAGGACAGAGCCCAAGGUCACCUUUCCCACCAGCCAGCCUGCUCGUCCUUCCCUGUGGACCAGCCAUGCUCCCGCUGGCCACAUGCCCCUGGCAGCCGCCCGCUUGAAGCAGGUGAAACUCUCCUGGGGAACUUCCAGCUCCCCUGAGCCAUCUUUCUGUGCUCGAACUGGAUCAGAAACCCCAGGUAAAAGCGGCAGCUCUCUUCAGAGGAAGCGGUGUGAGGACUGUGUCGUACCCUAUACCCCCAAAAGACUAAGACAGUUGCCGUCAUUAAGCACAGAAACAGGCAAGAAUAAAGACACGGAGGCCCAGGGUCCCUGUGCAGGGCGUGCCCCGGCCCCUCUCUGUGUGGACUCCCAAGUGUCUGAGUUUAUUCAGCCGUAUUUGGACAGUCAGUAUAAGGAAACCAAGAUUCCCAGGAAGGUGCUCUUCCACCUGAGAGGCCACCGGGGCCCCGUCAACAGCAUCCAGUGGUGUCCAGUCUCUUCCAGGAGCCACAUGCUUCUUUCCACUUCUAUGGAUAAGACCUUCAAGGUGUGGAACGCCGUGGACUCGGGGAGCUGCUUGCAGACCUACUCCCUGCACAGCGAGGCGGUGCGGGCCGCCCGGUGGUCCCCCUGUGGCCGGUGCAUCCUCAGCGGUGGCUUCGACUUCGCCCUGCACCUAACAGACCUCGAAACAGGAACCCAGAUCUUCAGUGGUCAAAGUGACUUUAGAAUCACUACCUUGAAAUUUCAUCCGAGAGACCACAGUGUUUUUAUAUGUGGCGGCUUCAGCUCUGAAAUGAAAGCUUGGGACCUAAGGACCAGCAAGGUGGUGAGAAGCUACAAGGCCACCAUCCAACAGACCUUGGACAUCCUCUUCCUCCGGGAAGGCUCUGAGUUUCUCAGCAGCACAGAUGCUUCGAGCCGGGACUCUGCCGACCGCACCAUUAUUGCCUGGGAUUUCCAGAGCUCCGCCAAGAUCUCCAACCAGAUUUUCCACGAGAGGUACACCUGCCCCAGCCUCGCCUUGCACCCGCGGGAGCCUGUGUUCCUGGCGCAGACCAACGGCAACUACCUGGCGCUCUUCUCCGCCGUGUGGCCCUACCGGAUGAGCAGAAGGCGGCGCUACGAAGGCCACGAGGUGGAAGGCUACUCGGUGGGCUGCGAGUGCUCCCCGGACGGUGACCUGCUGCUGACGGGCAGCGCCGACGGCCGGAUCCUGGUGUACAGCUUCCGCACCGCCCGCCGCGCCCGCACGCUGCACGGGCACACGCAAGCCUGUGUGGGCACCACCUUCCACCCCGUGCUGCCCUCCGUCCUCGCCACCUGCUCCUGGGAGGGCGACGUUAAGAUCUGGCACUGAGCCUCCCAGCACAGAACCUUCCAGACACCGGCCAGGCUGGGUGGGUGUGUGUGAUGAGGAGGACCUGAGGUUGGCUUCAGGGUCAGACUCAGAUGGACCCUGCCUCCGCCACCCUCUGAGCCUCCGUGUCCUCAUCUGUAAAAUGGGGACAAAGUCCGUGUGUCUUAGGGUUCCGAGGACCACAUUAGUGGAAGCCCCUGGCGGGUUGCUGGUGAUGCUUAAUAAAUGUUGAGC